CGGGGGCCUCUGCAUUGUGAGAUGGAAACACGCAAUAAACCUUGAGAUUUCAGUCAGAGCUAGCCAUUCAAUUUCAGGACCAAUAAUUUAAUUUGCGCGCAUAUACAUAAAUGUGUAUGUUGAUUUGUAGAAGGAGGAAAUGAGCAAGUCAAUAAAUGGUACCCGUGGUGAGCAGGUGGCGGCAUCUAGGCUGGCGGAGCGGAGGAAGGUGGCAGCACGGCCUCAGCCGGGGCAGAAGACGAAGGAAGCAGACAAGUCAGCAAAUGGUGCCGGGCAGGGGGCCGGACGGAGGAAGGCGAAGGCGACGGCGGUAGUGCGGCCUCAGCCGGCGCAGAACAUCGAGUGCCCGCGGUGCCAUUCGUUGGACACCAAGUUCUGCUACUACAACAACUACAACGUGCUGCAGCCCCGCUACCACUGCAGGGGCUGCGAACGCUACUGGACCGUCGGCGGCGCCCUCCGCAACGUCCCCGUAGGCGUCGGAUGCCGCAACCGCAACAAGCGCCCUGCAGCUUCCUCCUCCCGUGCCAAGCUCCCCGUCGCCCCUGCUGCACCGCCGGCCUCAACCUCCAUGUCCAUGUCCAUGGCCGACUUCCCCAACUUCAUCAGCUCCCCACCGCCGGCCGGCAUCGGUGAGCUUCCCAUGGCCACUACAGACUUGAUGUUGCCUUCUUCCAACAACCCGGAGGCAUCAUCAUCAUCUUCGUCGUUCCUGGACGUGCUGAGAUCAGUAGAAGAGUUUCUGGAUGCAGGCAUGCUGCACAGUCAGAACAAGGCCGGCAUUGGGAUGGCCAUGCCAUUGCCACCGCUGUCGUUUGGCAUUGGAGGUACUACUCCCAUGAUGCAGCCCACAGCAGCAUUCCAGUGCGGCGACCAAGGAGGAGGCAGCAUCAACAACAUGAGUGUCAUGUCCCUGCCCAUGUCCACCAUGGGGCUCGACUGGCAACCGCAGCUAAAUGGCGUUAAUGGAGGCGCGCAGCAACUGGGCGUGACGGCGGCAAUGGACAUUAGCAACACCACCAACGGCGGCGAAGGGUCGUCCAGGGGCUGCUACUUGAUCAACAACAACAAUGGAGGUCUGUGGCAGAGCCUCAUGAACGACAGUUCCCUCAUGUGAGCUGCUGCAAUCAAGCACCAUCGAUCAAUGGGGAAAUUAUUAAGAAGCUAGAGUCAAUCUGCGUCGCCAUUGUGGAUUGGAUUGGAGCAGUGGAUUUAUGCUUGCAUUUUUUGCUCAUUAGUAGUACUUGGCUUUAAGUUUCACCCCAUUUGCUCAUGUUUCGUUUCAACAAGAUUGAGUGUGGUUGUUUAUUUAGAUUGAACUCUGGAGAGAAUGCAUG